AUGGAAACUUUGCACGACGAGUAUGCACCGGUGAACCUCGUCUGCUCAAGCCUGAGGCAGCAUCCAGUGUGGGCUUCUGCCGUUACUCACCUCCUACAGACCGACGGAAGACGAUGGAAGGAAGCCCACCUGGUGACGCAUGACAUUGCCCUGAGCAUAUUAGACCCGCACACGGAACGCUAUGAAAUAUUCCGCCUCCUCUUGAUCUCAUCAGCAGACAUCAACAACCCGCAAAUCCUCUCCCGAAUCCAGCACCUUAGCCAACUCGACGCGACCAACACUGCCCUCGUCUUCCUCCUCCAACCUCACGAUACAGAAGAAGGCCCACCCGCCAUGCAAGCCUUCAUGGAGCUUCACAUCAGACUCACAGCAACCCAACAAUACCUCCCAAUCAUCCCUUUGUCCACGCUCCCAGACCUACCGACCGCCCUCCAGGCCUUCCAGUCCUCGCUUGCCGCCUCCCGAGCACACCACCGCACGCGGCUGCCAACGGCGGCAGUCGACGCGGCAAGGGACAUUCUGCCUUUUUGUGCCAUCGCCUACAACACCACCACCAACAACAACAACAGCAGCAGCAGCAGCACAGGCACGCACAACACAGUCAUCUCUGGCCGCAGCAGCGGUCGCAUGAAGAACGAUGAGGGUACUAAGUCCGCCGCGCUGUCGCGUCAGGCAGUGGAGUCUCUCAGUCAGGGGUUCUUCAGCUUCAGGGAGUUAGUUCAGGGUAUUAGCACUGCGGAGGGCCAGAGUGGGGUGAGGAUGGCGGUUGGAGACGCCGAGGGGGAAGGCAUGGUUGCGUUUUGGGGGUGGGAGUUUGAGGUUGGUGGUGGUACUACUUCUACGGGCUGA